GUGAAAAAGAAAGGCAAAAAAAAUCACACCUUUUUUAAAAAAAUAAUAAAAAAAUUCAAGAUGUUGGAAGGGAAAGCAGUAAUUGGAGACACAGAUAUGUUGGGAACCAUGCAACAAGAUGCAUUAGAUUUAGCUGCAAAGGCACUUGACUUCUUUGAUGUCACUGAGGCCACUGAAAUUGCACGUUUUCUUAAAAAGGAAUUUGAUACGAUGUAUGGAUCGGGUUGGCAAUGCAUAGUAGGGACAGAUUUUGGUUCAUUUGUAACACAUUGCUAUGGUUGUUUCAUCCAUUUCUAUAUUGGCAGCCUUGCUAUUUUGCUCUUCAAGGGCUCUGCUGCCCUUGAGGACCCGAAAGCCGAGGCCGAGGCUGAAGCUGACCGGUUUUCCACUCUCCAGGAAAUAGCGUGAAGUCACUUCUUCAUUAAUUUUACCGUUAUCAACCAAGGCAUAUAUAUACACUCCAAUGUACAAUAUUAGGAAGUUUCAAAGUCGUAAUUUCACAUUUAUAUUAUCACAUCUAUAAGUUAUAUAUGUCAAUUCGAUCUCUUUCCUUUUUUCGGUGCUA